AUGAACGAUAAACAUCAGCAGUCAAAUGGUAUUCGUACAUUCUGUAAAAAAUAUAAUAUCGAACUUCAAGAUAAGCCUAUACUAGCAUCUAAUUCUCAACCUGAACAAAUAGAAAAUAAUGAAUCAUUGGGCAAUGAUACUUCGAAUGAUGAUGGUGUUUUAACAGUUACUCGAGAACAAAAUAAUAGCCAACAGCUCUCCGAUCAGAUUCGCAUGUUGCAAUCUCCACCAAUUUCACCACGGCAGCAAAGCUCAUCUAAGCAAAAAGCAAAUGAAGUACAUAAUUGUGAACAAUCAUUAACAAAAAACCAUCAACCAACUAAAAAGCCUGCACGAGCUACUUGCUGUAAACGAUGA